GGGUCAUGUGCGUCAGAUUCUGGGACUGCCUUGGUCACAUGGUACCGCUUUCCCUCGGGAGCACUUCCGGUAGCGUUUCCUGUGUUUGUAAACUGAGAAAAACUGUAAGUCUGAUAAGAUACACUGAUCGGCGAGCACCAGAAAAAGGAAGGCGUGAGCCCCCCGAUGCGUGGGGUUUGUGAGGGUCUGUUAUCACACACCCCGCCUUCUAUCCCCACGUGACGUGUUCUCCCCCCCCCCAAUACACGCACACACUCUCACCACGGCGAUGUCACACCUUCCCAACAACUCAGUCCGAGACCAUAUGAAAUGGGCUGGGUUGCUGGGCUGUGAGGCGGUGCUGUCCAGCAUGGCGCUCAUGCAGGCCAACUCCAUGUCUGGCCACAAGAAGAUGGUGACUCCGCUUGGUCCAGGGCAGAGGGAGAACCAGGAGGGCCCCCACAGCCACGGUCACGGCCACGGGCACGGUCACGGUCAUGGGCACGGUCAUGGGCACAGCCACAGCCACAUGGUGCUGCCCUCUGGAGUCAGCUGCUCGCCCGUGGUGAGACAGCCGCAGAACACGGAGCAUAUGAUCCGUAAGGACGGGGAGUUCCACUCGUCGCGGUUGCUCGACGAGAAGGACAUGCGAGCCAGCCAGAGCCAGAACAUGCAGCCCAAGAAGAAGCACCGCAAGUCGGGCACACCCAACAAACUGCGAGAGAAACCACAGUGUGUUCUUCAGAUUGAAGUGCCUGACAUCCAUGAUGAUCUGAGCAAAGUCCAGAAGAACUUCAUCUGUGAGCAUUGCUAUGGUGCUUUCCGCAGCAGUUACCACCUGAAGCGUCACAUCCUCACGCACACCGGAGAGAAGCCAUUUGGGUGUGAUGUGUGUGACAUGCGGUUCAUCCAGCGCUACCACCUGGACAGACACAAGCGAGUUCACAGUGGCGAGAAACCCUACCAGUGUGACCGCUGCCAUCAGAACUUCUCAAGGACCGACCGGCUGUUGCGACACCGGCGCCUGUGUUCGGUGGGCAUUGCCAAGGAGGAGAACCAGUCGUGCUGUGAGGGCCGGCCGUACUCACAGGAGCCUCAAGCCCAGCACACAGCCACCUGGAGCCCCUUACAGUCCCCCAAUGGACGCCUGGCCGUCUGACCACCUCCCCAUCUGUGUACCGCCAGCCAGCCGGCCAGCCAGCCUGUCUAUCUGUCUGCCUGUCUGUCUGCCUUCCCCACCAGCCCAGCUAUCCAUCCAUCCAUCCUACUCUGGCAGCACAGGGCUGCAGGGAAUUACUGUAGUUCAGCAAUGCCACUCACACACACUCACACACACACACACACACACACACACACACACACACACAAACACAUGAAGCUUCGUACACUGGAACAGACCAGGCCUGCUGACUGAGCUGGAUGAACUGGGGCAGAUACACUAGACUCACAUAGACUGUUGUUUUGUCAGUCUCUCCUGCCUCAUAUCUAGACUGAUGGACAAUGAAGACUUUUCUACUCAUUGUAAUGAACAUAAAAAAAAAAGUGUUUUUCUUUCUCUAGUUUGUUACAUAGUUGGUACUGAAACUAGAUUUGGAUGGGCUUAGUUGUAUUGUCGUCACAUCAUGGCAAUAAUGUAUUCACUUAUUAAACUGUAAGAUGAUAAUGUUUCUGUCGGAAAGGCUCUGUGGAAGAAUGUUCCAGAGCAUUCUUCAGCAGAGAUAUGGGAGUCCCCUACGUGUCUAUGUGACUUAAGACUCCAUGCACAGGAUGGCUCUCUAGGCACAUCUGUCGAGGCGCACAGCUGCAUGAGGUUCCACUACGCACCACCGCAGUGAGAGGAUUUAGAACCUGCUGAACACAUACAGUAUGAAAAAGGGGCCUUUUCACUCAGAUUUUUAAAAAGAUCAGUUCUGUUCCUUUACCGUUCAUGUUGGCUGUGAUCCGUUUUGCUCUUAUAGAAACCAUGUUUGUAGAUCCAGUUCUCGACUGUGAUUAGACUCGAUAUUAAUGUUACUCUGGAAGUACGCUCGAUCAUCAUGAGUAAAUACAUUUUUUUAUUGUAUGGACUGCUGCCAAGCAGUCAGUAGGCUCAGUUGACCUGUCAAAAGUGCCAUUCAUUACUGCAUUUUGUGCUUAUUCCAGUUCCAACCCUUCAGAUUGCCCAGGCAGCUGUGGUACCCUCAUGUGUCUGCUUGUCUCACAAGUCCCUGUGACUUAAGGUUCAUCUCUUUGUAAGGUCAGACAUCGGAAAUGUAACGGGCUUAAGGUGUUGGCUGACCAAUUGCUCUGACGAAGCCUGGCCAGUCAGGUCUACAUAUGGAACUGUUCUUUUUUUUUUUUUUUGUUCUUGAUGUGGAUGUCUCAUUGGUCAAGGAAUGUUGUGAUGCAGUUAGGCCACGCACCUAAAUCUCAAGUACUGUUUGUCAGUUUUUAUUUAAAUUUUUUUUAAAGCACUGGAUUCAUGAAGCCAAAAGUAAGGGGGAAAGGGUUGUUAUUAAAUACUUCUCAGUAGACUUCUCUUUGCCCCAGAGGAUGGCUUAAUUUAAGACCAGCAGUUUUCUGAAUCAGUGUUGUAUUAAGAAGUCAAAUUAGGUCACUUACCAGGAGAUGGUUUUUAGCUCCUUUCUCUGACCACAGGCGGUUUUUCUACCUGCUGAAUUUAAGUUAAUAUAUAUAUUUUUUUAAUUUUCAAAAAAAAAAAAAAAAAAUGUUCCUAGGAAAGUUGUAGUGUAGAAUAGCAAACAAAGGUUAGGUUAAUUGUUUUUUUUAUGUUUCCUUUUAAAAAAUAGUUUUGCAUGAAGUUUUGAUCCUCUGCCCUAUACCUUAAAGGGGUAUUUUUUUUGUUUUGUUUUGUUUUUUUGUUGUUUGUUUUGUUUGUUUUUUUUGGUUAAGAAAAGAGGAAAGUGGGUAAAAAUUUGUUAGAAAAAAAUGCCUGUUUUUAUUCUUUUUUUAAAAUUUUAUUAUUUCUCCUAAACAAAUGAAGUUAAUGAUGACCCUAGAGUAGUGAGUGAAGAUGUAGGGCCCAGAAGAGAAACUAAAUAAAGUGUUUCCCUCUUUUUAAA